UUUGUUGCCAAUGAGGCCUAGGCAGUUGCUUUCAUAGCUCGCAAACAAGACGGAUACCGUUAACGCAGCUAGUUAAAGUGAAUUCAUCCGCUCUCUAACCUCUCAACCGGACGCCAGUACUGCGGCGACUAGACAGAACUAGACUACUAGACCACUGCAAUGCUUGGACUUUAGUUUCAGCUGUUAAUCAGCUGCAGGCGGGUCCUGUCGUAAAGAGCCGAUGUGACUUUUGGAAAGCUGCCGCAUCAGGAACCAGCUGGGACUAUCUAUGGGCAUUUGAUGCUUUGUACAGAUAUUCAAGACGUCUUCUCUCCCCACCUGCGGGAAGGCGAUGGAGCCACCACCGUCAAAGCGCAAGGGCCGCUCGAGGCGUCGGAAUCGCCGACGAAGAGGGAACCAAGGCUUAAUACCUGACGAAGCACCACACUUCAGCUCUACUCGGCACUCAGCAGAGAGCGAAACGUUCGGCGAACUUCCGCCGUCGGAUACGCCUGGGUUUUCUGAUGAAGGGGGUGCCUCGGCGUUGGCUCAAACCGCUCGCGCAAGAUACCGAACCAGGGCCAAGAGGGGUACCACGCUGGGAAGAGCAAGACCCCCAUUUACAGGAGGUCCUGACAGAGGAGGGCGUCGGGGAGGGCGAACCCCACAAGAUGGGCACCCGUGCAGCAGUGCUCGAAGUACAAGUAAUGGCUCAUUCGACGACGCUCCUUCCGAGCCGUGUCCUCCGGAGAGCGCUAGGGCAGUAGGUGGCUGCCUGCAAGACGAGAACAUUCCAGACGAUGACACUCCGAAGAACGACUGCGAUGACCGGUGGAUGUUCGCGGCUGCAGCAGAUCGUUCCUCGGCGAUCAAGGCGGUGCCCUUCCCGACGUUCGUUGAGAUAACAUCCGCCAUCAUGUGCCGGCGCGAAGAAAUUGGACCUGCGAGCGAAAAGUCAAUCUCGUUGUACAUCCACGACUGCUACCUGCACGCGGUUUCCUCGGAUGUGCGAGCUACGCUCGGCAGCUUCUGCCUUGUUCCCAACAGGGGCCUAGGCCGCGUCGUAACGACCGUCAACUGCGACCCGGCCUCGCUUCGUGGCGUUGCCGUCGCCUUCUGCGAUCAGGAACGUCAGUACAUAUGCUAUGGAGAGAUCCUGAAACUCGAUGGGAAACGAGUCGCCUUGCUGUACGGUGGCCUGGGAGUUACCGACGACAAUGAAAGUCACGAAUUUGUUCUGGUCAACUUGAAUUUGGACGCGAGCUGCUUCAUCAACCAUCUCGCUUCACUACGUACAAAAUCAGUUGACGACUUGGAUCGAGUGAAAUCGAUGCUUCUAGGUGAAGGCUGUCAACCUCUUGAGUCUGGACAUGAGGUCGCCCAGGGCCAGGCUGUAAUGCAAGCUACGCUUGACUCGUCAUUGGACAGCAAGCUGGCAAGGACUCUUGACGAAGAUCAAGUGGUCGCAGUAAGAGCUGCAGUUGCUUCUGAUAGAGGCUGUGCUAAUUCACGCGCCGUCUGGAACCGGCGACAAAGAGCUGCUGAGGGCCGCUGUGCAAUUGACUCUUACUGUGGAUGGCUUGAAGAGCCGAGGGCCUGUGCUUGUUGUAGGUAGCGGGCUAGCCCCUAUCUUCAAAAAUGAGCCAGACGGCUUAUUUUGUUUGGAUGUCGAAGUCGACAAAGCAGCAGGUGCCGUUGGAGAAUCUGUCUCAGAUAUUUUACCGAAAGAAAAAAUGAACGAGUGUCUCCUAAGAAUCAGCAAGGUGUUGAAAGACCUGAACAGCUUGAAGUGUGCUAUACUCCACCAGUCUCGAUUUCAAGGGAUCACCCGCGAGUUCUCAACUAAAAGGAAUGAGGAAAUAAACUGCGUAGAAAGGUGGCUGAUGCACGGAGUUAGUCGCAAGGACAUGUUGACUGCUGUGUCACCCGCCGAUAUGGAUGCUUACCGCGAAGACUGUCAGUACGCGAUGAAAGGAAGCGGGGUACCCACCAAUUCAAAUCGUUCAGUUGGCUUUCGUUAUGAGAGGGCUACGCAAACUUCCCAAGGCGCCGAAGGUGUCUCUGACGAUGUGAAAACCGUUUACAUCUGGAAAACUCUCAAGGCUACUCGUGCGCACGAAUUUCAUGAGGAACAGACCAAUAUUAUUCAGAUGGAGCGGUGCCAACGAUGGCAGCUAUACAAGCAGUGGAUUGUGUGCCUGAGGCGAAAUAUCCUCGAUAAACUUGAAGACGCUCAACGCGAAGUAUUGCAUUGCUACCUCCACUGCGGUAAAAUGCUAUCCGAGAAUGUCUCGCGUGCGACUUCCGGGACGUCUGUUAUUGUGGCCUCUGUGACUACAGCCAUCGCGCAUGGCGCCGUCAUUGACUCAAUGCAACCUAAGGCCUUGGUUGUGUUCCGAGCGCACCAAGUCCCAUCUUUGCUUGCUGGUAGUCUCUUCUGUAACAGCAUUUCAAAGCUCGUUUUCAUAGGCGAUGGCGUAUGUUCAAAGGGAACACUAUCUUCGUCACUUUGGUCUUGCGCAUUCAGCACUCAAGGCUUUGAGUUACAUGAACUAAGCGUUCAGUAUUUCCUCUCGCAGCCGGUCUGCAACCUACUAGCACCGUUCACAAAAAAUGUGCUGCAGUCUGGCUGCAGCAUUGAGGCUGUCAGAGGCGUUGCAGAACCUGUGCAGUUUUUCGACAUUCCCGACAAAGAAGAAGCAGUCUUGAUGAUAUCCCGGUUGUGUCUUCAUUUUCAGACACACGGCUACCAUGCGAGAGACGUGACUAUUGUUACCCUAUCGCCUUCUGCUGCUGUGGCAGCGCAGACGCUGGUCGAAAAGCUGCGGCAGGUAGGGUGUGCACAUGCAGUGCGGUCUGUCAAAACUUUAGGUUCCACUUUUUGCAAAAUCCUGAUCUUGCUUGUCAGUUCGGGCGCACGUGGCUCAGAUCUUGCAUCUGCUCUCAGCAGAGCGCGUUGCGCAGUGUACGGUUUCGGAAGGCUCGCAAACGCUGACGAGAGCUGCCAGAACGUCUUCAACACGGCCCACGAAAGCAACAGGUCUGCCAGUCCAGCUCUUUCUUUGUCCUGUGUGCGCCACCCUGGAACCGUCGUGCGUAUCGAAUCGGGAGACGAUUUUGUGACAAAGAUGCAGCAAACUGGGGGGUGCAUGCAAUCAUGCGGUGCUAAGAAACGCUGCAGUCACGUGUGCUUACAGAUGUGCCACAGUGGGGAUCACCCCGAUUUUUGUGACCAGCCCUGCUUGAAAUAUAUUUGCAGUCGGAAACAUCCCUGUCUUAACAAGUGCUCCGAGCGCUGCACUCAGCGGUGCAUGGUUGACGUCACUGAAAAACUGCCUUAUUGUACCCACACUGCUACAUUUCCUUGUUACAAGUGGGAAGCUGGUUAUGUACCAGUGCCUGGUACAGUCAGCCGAUACGGUCCGCACCAGUACAAGUGCCCGGUGCCAGUUACUGUUGACCGGGAGUGCGGACAUAAGUUGCAGAUUACCUGCUUUGAGUACCGGAAUCAGUCCACAGUGGUCACAAAUUCCUCUGCAGUUGGACGUCUGGGACAGCAAGUCAACUUGCCUCCGUGCCAAAGAUCUGUGCUAGUGACCCCUUCCUGCGGUCACACAAAGUCCAUCCAGUGUUGCGACAAAGCUGGAUAUCGGUGCGACGUGUCGGUAACGGUUGUGCGUCCUUGCGGUCACUCUUGUUACGUCUCCUGCGGAGCGGACCGCAGGGUUCUUCCGCCAUGCACUGUGCGAGUCGAAGUUGUGCUAGACUGCGGUCAUUUAGCUUACGGGUCUUGCUACAGAACCUCCUCGUUGAAGUGUACAGUGUUCGUGAAGAGAACAUUGAUUUGUGGCCACACACUUCACGCGCUUUGCAGCGAACCUAGUCCCCCGUGCCGAGUUGUUGUUUUUGGGACACAUUCAUGCGGCCGCGUUCUCUCCACGCACUGUUGCAACAGAGAAUAUCCGUGCCCCUGGCGAUGUGGUUACGUAUUCCGCUGUAAUCACCCGUGCCGAUUGCCGUGCGGGAACCACCCUCACGAGGACAAGUGCCAGGAUUGCAACGACAAUUGCUCAAUUUUAUAAUGACUGCCAAUAUUGAGGGUCUGAAAAUGUCUAGAUUAUGCUUAUUUUACCAAAGAAAAAAAAAUGUUCACGCCUGCGAGUACUUUAGCUUUCUUCAGUUAUUAUCUGCAUGGUAGCGUGAGCCCGAAGUGGUUUCAAGAGCCCAAAGAGGAGCGAGGUCCGGAAGGCAUCACCUUAUGAACCGCAGCAAUCUAGUGAUCUAAUAUGUUCUACGUGGAGAAUUCGGGCUGUUUAUCAUCGUACAUGAUGCGCGCGCUAAAAUGACAAGUUCAACAUGACACGAAUAAAGU